AUGUAUUUUGUUGAAUCCUCGUUCUUGCAUUUCUCCAUCGCUGUAAACCCUUUCACGGUCGCCUUCUAUGGCGUUAUCCCUUCUUCGAGUUAUGGCUUUCUCCAUCGCUGUAAACCCUUUCACGGUCGCCUUCUAUGGCGUUAUCCCUUCUUCGAGUUAUGGCUUCCGCCUCCCCCUCCUCCGCUCGCCUCCCUCUUGCUCAUAAACGCCUCUUCUCCGCCUCUAAAUCUCUUACACGUCCUCCUUCUCCUCCAUCUCUCAAUCUCGCCCGUCGAUCUCUUCCUCUGCUUUCCCAUUCCGUUCGAUCCACAACGUGCAACCCCUGGCUUACCUCGAUUCGUUGCCGUGUUAAUCGGUCUGGUAACUCCGGUUACGCGCCUCUUAACCCCCUGGCUUACCUCGAUUCGUUGCCGUGUUAAUCGGUCUGGUAACUCCGGUUACGCGCCUCUUAACUCAAACUCCAACUUCAGUGAUCGUCCACCCACUGAGAUGGCGCCACUUUUCCCUGGCUGUGACUAUGAGCAUUGGCUCAUCGUGAUGGACAAGCCUGGUGGUGAGGGUGCCUCUAAGCAACAGAUGAUUGACUGCUACGUUCAGACCCUCGCUAAAGUUCUUGGCAGUGAAGAGGAAGCGAAGAAGAAGAUUUAUAAUGUUUCUUGUGAGAGGUAUUUUGGAUUUGGGUGUGAGAUUGAUGAAGAGACCUCCAAUAAGCUUGAGGGCUUGCCUGGUGUUCUCUUUGUUCUUCCUGAUUCUUACGUCGACCCUGAGUAUAAGGACUAUGGGGCUGAGUUGUUCGUGAAUGGUGAAAUAGUUCAAAGGUCACCAGAGAGACAGAAAAGGGUGGAGCCACAGCCUCAAAGAGCUCAAGAUAGACCGAGGUAUAAUGAUCGGACCCGGUAUGUAAGGCGCAGAGAAAACAUGAGGUGAGGCAUUUGAGAAGUGAGAAUAUGUGCAUAUGAUGAGUAGAAAGACGGGGGAAGACAAAAUUGGAAAAUUGUUUUGUCUGUAAUCUCCAUUACAUGUAAUAGAUCAGAAUCAUGGCGUGUUUAGGAGGUGGUAAUUUUUGUUGUUGACUUGUUGCCUUUGGUGAACAUGGACAAAAAAUCUAUAUGGUUCUUUGUAGUUUUCCUACUCAUCUUUAUUUUCCUAGUCAUGAUUAUUAAGUUUUGUUUAAUAGUAAAAGGAAAGGGGGGGCACAAUCG